AUGGUGUACCACUCAUCAUACACGCAUUUGGAGGGAGUGGAGUUCGCAUGCGGCUGCCCAUUGCUGCCGCUCAAAGCCACCGCCAGAGGACCCACUCACAACACCUCCACUGAGGAGACGGACAUAGUGGAUGAGGCAAUCACGCUCUUCCGAGCCAACGUGCUGUUCCGCCGCUUUGACAUCCGCGGCCCGGCAGACAAGCUGCUCGUCUACCUCACGCUCUACAUCAACAUGGCUCUCAAGCGCAUCGACUCCUGCCCUUCUGAGGCCGAGGGCAUCAAGCUGCUGAUCAACCUCGGAUUGGAGCCCUUUCCCAUUCCAGGAGAUCCAGGAUUCCCGCUUGCUGGGCUGUUCGCCACUCCGACUAGCCGCCUUGAAGCAGAGACACUGCGCACAUACUUGCAGAGUGUGAGGGAGGAAACGAGCAACAGGCUGCUGCAGGUGGUGUAUCUGCCAGACGGCUCGCCCAACAAGUGGUGGCUCUCCUUCAGCAAGCGCAAGUUCAUGAACGUUGCCAUGCCCCUGUGA